AUGUCGGAGGCCGUUCUCGACCAGUGUCGGGCCUGGGUGACCAGGCAUGGAAGCCUGAUGACGGAGCCCGGGUUAAGGAUGCUCCUGCAGGAGAUCUGCCAGCUCUCAGAUCAGGAGGUGAAUUUGCUUCGUGAGGGCUUCGACGCCCAGGCUGACCGGCUGCAGCCGAUGCCUCUGGUGCCCUUUGUUCAGUGGCUCUUCCAGGCCCUGACUCCUAGGGCUCCUCCGACUCCUCCGGCUCCCACUCCGCCUCCUGCCCGGGCUCCUGAGGAGUCAGGGGUCCCCCUGCGCGAGUUCCGGCGCCUCGUGGCCGAGAACCCCUGGCUGGCCACAAAACGCUGGAACGCGCACGCCGGGCGCGCGGAGCGGCCCAACAUGCACGACGUGGUCGCGGAGAUCAUCAAGCCGAGGACUGAGGCGAAGCUCAUCGCCUACGCCGAGCUCCUGGAGCCCCUAAAGCCCCAGGUCUUCGUGAGCCACUGGUGGGGAGAGGAGUUUCUCAGCUUCGUGCGCGCCCUGCGGCUCUUUGCCCGCGUCUACGCCUUUGAAGCUUUAAAGAAUCUGCCUGAGGAGGAUUAUGUGGAAGUGUUGGACAACAUCGUCUUUUGGGUCUGCUCCUUUGCCAAUCGACAGUGGGAGGUGAACUUGGGAAGCACGCUGCAAGAGAGCCCCUUCGAGCGUGCGCUCGCAGCACCGACUUGCACGCAUGUGGUGAUGGUUAUGGACCCAGAUGCUACCCCGUUGCGUCGCAUCUGGUGUCUCUACGAGGUGCUUCGCACGCACGCGCUGAAGAAGACCUUCCACAUCGCCACGGACAGCGGCGUCCUCACCUUCGGCGACGAUGAGCCGAAGGGGCAGCAGCGGGAAGAUCUCCUGAGCCUGACAAAGAGAGUGCUGGAGAUCGAUGCCUCCACGGCGCAGGCAAGUAAGGAGCCUGACCGACGCAUGAUCAUGAACGAGGUGGACAAGGCUGUUGGCUUGGAGCAGUUCGGACUGCACGUGGCGUCGCUACUGAUGCUGGCCUUCAGGAUGCGGGGUGGAGAGCAACUGGCCAUGGAAGCUCCCGAGCUGAAGCACCGGUUUUUUGACCUGCAUCGCCUGCGCGACAUCCUUGUCACCUUCGAGGGCAGGACUCCGCUGCACAGCGCAGCUCAAAGGAAGGGGCCCGAUGAGGUUCGACUGGCUUUGGCGGAUGCCGACCCUGAGGAGUUGAAGAGCUGCAACUCCCUCGGCCAGACGCCCCUGCACAUGGCGGCCGCGUACAACGCGCACAAGGAAUCUCUGGACCUGCUUGUCGGCGCGAACAUGGACAUUAAUGGGCGUGACAGAAACGGUCUGACGCCGUGGAUGCUCUCGGCCGUCACAGGUCACCAUGAUGCUCUUGCCCACUUGCUUGCGACGGGCGGGAGCCUUGCCUGUGAUCUAGACCUCUUCGAGCAGCAGUAUCUACCAUGGACUUCGCGAGUGUUACCAAACGCACUGCUGCUGUCGGCAUUCAGCGGCAGCGUGAAGUGCUGCCGCGUCUUGCUUGACCAGCCUGGGCAGAAGGUGCACUUGGUCAUGGUAACUGCGGCAAGUUGUUUCGGGCAUCGCGAGGUACUGGAGGCCUUGCUACCCCAUGUGGCAGAUGUGAAUGCCAGCUUCAGUGGCCCCCUUGCAAGCCCUCUUCUCCAAGCAAGCUUCUGCGGACACCUGGACUGUGUGGAGCUUUUGCUGAAGCACCGGGCUUUGCCAAACGCUACCGCAGACGGUGGGAAAACCGCUUUCUUCUGCUCCAUGACUACGGGCCAUGAAGACAUCGGCCGUCUGCUUCUUUCUCAUCGGGCGGACCCUUGGAUCACAACAGACGAAGACGAGCACCCUCUACGCACAGCCAGCGGCGGAGGGCAUGACGGCUGCGUGCGCAUGCUCUUGUCCUUACGGGCUGACCUGCACGGAAGACAUGGUGAAUCCAGAUCCACCCCUCUCCAUGUUGCGGCAGAGUGGGGUCGCGAGCCAACUGUCAGACUUCUUGUGAAGAACCUCGCGGAUGUGAACGCCAAGGACAUGAAAGACAGAACUCCCUUGCACAGGGCAGCUGAGUACGGCUACACAGAUGUCCUGGCAGUCUUGCUUGAACUGCGAGCAGACGCCAGACACAUGGACUGUGAAGGCAUGACACCGCUGGAAGUGGCCAAGCAUGAGAAGAUGGAAGAGGCAGCGGCGCUACUCAGGGUUCUGACGACGGGUUCCUACUUGAAUGAUCUGAAUCUAAGCCAGGUCCCCUCCGAAUAG